AUGGCGGCACCCAUGAGCGGCGUGUGCAAAAGAUUUUUCCAUCUUUACCGGCCUCUACAAAAUACAAAUGAAGCGUUCAUCACUAGACCGAAGCGCUCAGUUUAUGUUAGGACCUAUCCAACAACACUAAUUCAACCCGACGGCUCUACGUUCACGAUAAGGUACCAUGAACCGAUUCAAGCAAUCACUCUUCCUCUUGAUUUCGACGCGCUGACUCCAGAGGAACAGAAAAUGGUUCUUCUGAGUAGGAGACCGAAGGAGAAAGCUGCUAAAGUUGAAGAACUCAAAGUCGGCUUCGAUGCUAAAAAGUACCUCAAAUACAGACCUGAUGGCAAGAAACGGAGCUGA